CUCCAAAGAAGAAACGAUGGCGUGGUGUUUGGGGCUGCAGCCUGCAAUUUCUAUUUCCGUCGGAAAGAGAGGAGUUAAUAGGCCUCUUUAAAAUAAUUGUGGCGCCUCCCCAUCACAUGCCAUAGUGGACGCACUGCGCCCGUCCCGGCCAAUCGGGCGAACGACCGCACAUAACGCAGCGCAACGCAGGCAGGGCAUGUAGUCUGGUAUAUAUUGCAAGCAACAACAACCUCUUUCCCCCAUUGCCGUGAUAUUUCCAGAUCUCUUCCGUGCUCGGUCUCUCCUCCAAUCCCGUCCUCCUUUUCUCUCGUCUCUGUCUCCGUCUCUCUUGAAUCGAGGGAGUGCCAGUCAGGAAAUGGCACUGAAACUGCCACUGCAGGGAGAGAUCCGAGGAGUCUCGUUUCUGGAAUCCAACAGAGGGACCUCUCCCCAACUCAAAGUGGGGCUUCACUUGAAAAGAAAGGAGAAAGGAAAAGUUUUAUUGAGGAAGACGAGUUGCUCAGUGCAGCAGGCGCCUCAGCCAGCCUGGCCAGGCCGAGCUGUCGCAGAACCAGGGCACAAGUCUUGGGACGUUCCCAAGCCUAUUUCAAUCGUUGGAUCCACUGGGUCAGUUGGAACUCAGACACUGGAUAUAGUUGCUGAACACCCGGAUAAGUUUAAGGUUGUCGCUCUUGCAGCUGGCUCUAAUGUGACCCUUUUAGCUGAUCAGGUGAAGAGAUUCAAACCUCAACUGGUUUCUGUAAGGCACGAGUCACUAGUUGGUGAACUCAAAGAGGCCCUGGCUGAUGCUGAACAGAAACCUGAAAUUAUUCCUGGGGAGGAAGGCAUUGUAGAGGUUGCUUGCCACCCAGAUGCUGUCACUGUGGUUACUGGGAUAGUAGGAUGUGCUGGACUAAAGCCUACUGUUGCUGCAAUUGAGGCUGGAAAGGACAUAGCUCUGGCAAAUAAAGAAACUCUCAUCGCUGGAGGUCCUUUUGUGCUACCUCUUGCUCACAAGCACAAAGUAAAAAUUCUUCCUGCUGAUUCAGAACAUUCUGCAAUUUUCCAGUGUAUUCAAGGCUUACCAGAUGGUGCACUUCGACGCUUAAUUUUGACUGCAUCUGGAGGGGCCUUCAGGGAUUGGCCAGUUGAAAAAUUAAAAGAAGUGAAAGUUGCAGAUGCUUUGAAACAUCCAAACUGGAGCAUGGGGAAAAAGAUCACUGUGGAUUCUGCUACCCUGUUCAACAAGGGACUAGAAGUUAUCGAAGCACAUUAUCUAUUUGGGGCUGACUAUGACAAUAUAGAUAUUGUGAUUCAUCCAGAGUCUAUAAUACACUCGAUGGUUGAGACACAGGACUCAUCUGUAUUAGGUCAGUUAGGGUGGCCUGAUAUGCGCCUACCAAUCCUUUACACAUUAUCGUGGCCAGACAGAAUUCAUUGCUCAGAGACAACAUGGCCCCGACUUGAUCUUUGCAAGCUUGGUUCGUUGACCUUUAAAGCUCCUGAUAAUGUGAAAUACCCAUCCAUGGACCUUGCCUAUGCGGCAGGGCGAGCUGGAGGCACCAUGACAGGAGUCCUUAGUGCUGCUAAUGAGAAGGCUGUGGAGAUGUUCAUCGAUGAGAAAAUCAGCUAUCUGGAUAUAUUCAAGGUGGUGGAGCGUACGUGCGAUGCUCACAGAAAUGACCUAGUCGCCAACCCUUCACUCGAGGAGAUUGUACACUAUGAUUUGUGGGCUCGGAAAUAUGCUGCGGAUCUACAACCAUCAUCUGCAUUGAAUCCUGUUCCUGCUUGAGUUGAGUGCUGCAUGUAGUCAGGUAGCUCCUGUCAACUAUUGUUACGGGCGUAAAUUCAAAUCCAAAUAUAGUGAAACGCCCAUUCUGCUGUAACAACAACAAAAAAAGAACAAAAGUUUGGAUAUAUUCAUUUAUUUUUCUCGGUCUUCA